GUGCUUUCAUGGGUUGCUUGAAUUGGAACCAUGAUGUGAUUGAUUGGAUUAAACCAAUUUGAAUAGUUUUGGAUUGAGGGGAUGAUACAGUUGAAUCCUUUUGUGUGUUGUGAGAUAUUUUGCUUUGAAUUGAGCUGAAGGAUCUGAAUUCUGAAAAAUGGGAAGCAAGGGUAAGACUAUUGUAUGGUUUAGGAGGGAUCUCAGGAUAGAGGACAAUCCUGCCUUAGCUACUGCUGCUAAGGAAGGGUGUGUGCUACCUGUGUUCAUAUGGUGCCCCGAGGAAGAAGGACAAUUCUACCCAGGCCGAGUUUCAAGAUGGUGGCUGAAGCAGUCUCUGAUCCACUUAGACCAAUCUUUGAGGUCUCUUGGGGCUGCACUUGUGCUGAUCAAGGCUCAGAGUACUCUUGCUGCUCUUUUGGAAUGCAUAAAUGCCAUUGGGGCGACAAAAGUUGUAUAUAACCAUCUUUAUGAUCCUGUUUCACUUGUUCGUGAUCACAAUAUCAAACAAAAACUAGAGGAUCUUGGUAUUUCUGUGAAAAACUAUAAUGGAGAGUUGUUGUAUGAACCAUGGGAAGUAUAUAAUGACAAAGGCCAUGCUUUUACAACCUUUGAUGCAUACUGGGACAAGUGCUUGCACAUGCAAAGAGAAAAUGUUUCUCAUCUUCCUCCAUGGCGAUUGGCGCCAGCUGCAGGAUCAGUUGAAAGUUGUUUGAUUGAGGAACUGGGUCUUGAAGAUGAAUCAGAAAAACCUAGCAAUGCUUUACUAGGAAGAGGAUGGUCACCGGGUUGGACCAAUGCUGAUAAGGUCCUAAAUGAAUUCUUAGAACACCAUCUGCUUGAUUACUCGAAGGAUAGGUUAAGAGUUGCAGGGAACUCCACAUCACUUUUGUCCCCAUAUCUUCAUUUUGGAGAAUUGAGUGUGAGGAAAGUCUUCCAUUGUGUGUUAAUGAAGCAGAUACUCUGGGUAAAAGAAGGGAACACUGUUGGAGAAGAGAGUGUUACUCUUUUUCUUAGGGCUAUUGGGUUUAGAGAAUAUUCCCGUUACAUAUGUUUUAACUUCCCAUUUACUCACGAAAGAUCAUUGCUGAGCAACCUAAAAUAUUUCCCUUGGCAUGCUGAUCAGGCCCAUUUUAAGGUUUGGAGACAGGGUCGGACUGGUUACCCCUUGGUUGAUGCAGGAAUGAGAGAGCUUUGGGCAACUGGAUGGAUACACAAUAGGAUAAGAGUGAUUGUCUCGAGUUUCUGUGUGAAGUUUUUUCUUCUUCCAUGGCAAUGGGGGAUGAAGUACUUCUGGGAUACACUUCUAGAUGCAGAUUUGGAAAGUGACAUCCUUGGUUGGCAGUAUAUCUCAGGGAGCUUGCCAGAUGGACACGAGCUUGAACGGUUAGAUAGCCCACAGGUUCAGGGAUUCAACUUCGAUCCGGAGGGUGAAUAUGUGAGGCACUGGCUGCCAGAGUUAGCAAGAAUGCCAGCUCAGUGGAUACAUCAUCCUUGGGAUGCGCCUCUAACUGUGCUGAAAUCUGCGGGGGUGGAGUUGGGAGUAAACUAUCCAAAGCCUAUUAUUGAUAUAGAUUUAGCUAGGGACCGUUUAACUGAAGCGAUACAUAUCACGAGGGAAAGAGAAAUGGCUGCAAGGGCAACAACAUCUAAUGGGACUAAUGAAGAAGUUUUCGAUAACUCUGACACUGUUGAAAACUUGGCCAUUCCAAAAGUGGUUUUAAAGGAAAAGAUUCUUUACCCUAGUAGUUCAUCCCAUGAUCAGAGGGUGCCCUCAAUGCAAAUUUCCAAGAACGGUUUGCUCAACAGGAAGAGACCAAAACCUGUGGAAGAUGAAAGGCCACCACAGGGUAACUUGAUUAAUGGCAACAACACAUGUAGGACCUUGAAAAUGGAUGAUGAUUUGUGCUCCACGGCUGAAUCCUCUUCAGCUAAAAAGCAGACUACCUGCAGCAGAAACUCGUUUUCUGUUCCUCAAUCCUGUUCUUUACUGUCAACCAGCAAGCCUUCUAAGGAUUGUGAAUCGUCAGAACUCCAGCAGUCACGGCAAGGUUAACAUGGAAAAUAACUCAAGCGGAAAUGGUAAGUUGAGUGCUAUAGUUUCGGAUUUAGCUCAAAUUAUCUGAUCAUCUCAAUAUGACUUGCUUCAUGCUACAUGGUUCUGAAUCCAUGUUGGAUCUUUUUUUGCUUCUUGACUAUUAUGCGUGAACGAAUUUAUCUGAAAGCUUGAGUCUCAUUCAGAUAUGGAUACCAGACUAGAUGUUAGUGCAUUGUGGGUCUUUGCUUUGUUUAUUUCUUUAAUUUUCUAAAAGGUUCUUCUACCUAUUUUAAUCUGAGGGGGAAUGAACUGAAGCCACAGCCCACUUCACGUAUUUGCAUGUUGUUUAGCAAGUCCUAUCUGGAGGACAACUAUGGAACUUUUGAGUCUGCUCAGAGGUUUAGGAGAACUAGCUGAACUAGAAUUCAGAAUUCAAACAGAAAUGGAGGUGGUUUAGUUCAUAAUCGUACUUAAAUGUACUUCUGGUGCAUAAAGUUUACUUCCAUUGGGCAGUUGCUGCCUCAAACAGCAUGAAUAGUUGAAAGUGAAGCGCCAUCUUGCUUUCAGGGAAUUUGAGUUGCCAAAAGCAUGUCUAAAGUUAUAUAAAGUUUAUCCAUCUGAAGCACGGUUGAAAUAGCUAGUGACAGAAAAAAGACCAAUUUUUAUUUUUUAUUUUCACUGGAAAAUUUGCUGAGAUUUUGGGAUUAUGAAAAGGUUUGGUAUCAAUAUUUUUAGGGGAAUUAACACCUUUGUGUGAGAGAUUAAUACGGCAUCUUACCCAGAUUCCAUUACUUGUGGUGUUUCUAUGCACUUUGUAUUGUAGCAUUGACAGUCGGGGCUGAAGAGAUUGUAUUGGUUAAUUUGAAUUCUGGUUCAACUACUUGGCACCCAAUAUUUUGGAGAUAUGAAGUCUUCCAAAUUCGAGAAACAUGUCAUACCAUGUUGAUCGAUGUCAUGUUUAAUGUUGCGCUGUUUUUCCUUUUCUUCCUAUUUGUCCUUUUUCCUUAUGUCAAUGUUUUCAUAAUUUCUUUUGCAUAUGCAGGAGCUAUGGGAAGUUGAUGCCA